AUGAAUAUCACUCCGCUUAUACUCUUCGCCUCACUUCUUCUUCUGCUUCCGCUUCACGCAUCGGCGGAAGACACCAUCGUGUUCACCACUCUAGGACGAUCGCACUACGAAUUCGACAUAUACUCUCUCUCCAGAACCCAACCGCCAUCUAUCUCCAGAGAGAUUCGAAUCACCGACGGUGAAUCCGUAAAUUUCAACGGCUACUUCCCAUCUCCUUCUCCGGCUCUCAUCUCUCUCCUUCCCAACGACGCAACCCUAAUACAACCGGGAGAUUCCUCUCCUCUCCAUCUCAUCUACGUCACCGAGAGAAACGGUACUUCAAGCAUCUACUACGAUCUACUCCACAACGGUGAUUCCGAUUCCGAUUCCAAUAAUAAACGACGAUCGGUGUUGGAAGGACCAUCUCGAGUCCAGAUUCCGUUGCUAUCCAACGCUGAUUUUCUUAAUGGCAAUACGGUAAAUUCGUUUAAAGAUAAGCCUAGUUUAAACGGUGAGUUUCUAGUCUACGUGUCAACACACGAGAACUCAGGCGAGCCGAGGACUAGUUGGACAGCUGUUUACUCCACCGAGUUGAGAACCGGGUUGACUCGGCGGUUAACGCCGAGUGGAAUCGCUGAUUUCAGUCCCGCGGUGUCGCCUUCCGGGAACUUGACCGCCGUGGCUUCGUACGGCGAGAGAGGAUGGACAGGGGAAGUCGAGGAGCUGAGUACGGAUAUCUACGUGUUCUCCACUCGCGACGGGAUUCGACGAGUCAAGGUCGUUGAGCACGGUGGUUGGCCGUGUUGGAUCGAUGAAAAGACUCUGUUUUUCCAUAGACGAAGCGAUGACGGUUGGAUCAGUGUUUUCCGAGCGGUUUUACCUGAGAGUGGAGCGUUGAGUACAGAAUCGGUGAAGAUUCAGAGAGUUACGCCGCCGGGGGUUCACGCUUUUACACCUGCCACGUCACCGAACAAUCAUAACUUCAUAGCUGUUGCGACGAGGAGACCAGGGAGUGAUUACCGCCACGUGGAGCUGUUUGAUCUACAGAGGAGGGAGUUUAGAGAGUUGACAAGUUUAGUGGCCCCGGAGAGUCACCAUUUGAACCCGUUUCUUUCCCCUGAUGGGUCACGAGUCGGUUAUCAUAGCUGCAGAGGUGGAGCUAAUGGAAAGAGAAGUCCUUUGCUUUUGCUUGAGAACAUACAGACGACGACUAGUGAUCUCUCUCUUUUCAGAAUCGACGGUUCGUUUCCGUCGUUUUCUCCGGCGGGUGAUAGGAUCGCUUACGUGAAGAUGCCUGGUGUGUAUGUUGUGAAGCCUGAUGGUUCGGGGCGGCGUGAAGUGUACGAUGGGAUGGCGUUUUCCACGGCUUGGGAUCCGGUUAGAUUGGGAAGAGUGUACACUAGCUCAGGUCCGACGUUUGCUACGGAGAGAACAGAGGUUGAUAUCAUCUCCAUUGAUGUUGAUGUUGUUGACAAGUCUUCUUCAGUGAGAAGGCUGACGACGAACGGGAAGAACAAUGCUUUCCCUUGGCCGUCUCCUGACGGGAAGCUGAUCGUGUUUCGCUCCGGGCGGUCUGGUCAUAAAAACCUUUACUUGAUGGAUGCUGAGAAAGGAGAAACCGGUGGUUUAUGGAAGUUAACGGAAGGUGCGUGGACUGAUACUAUGUGUAGCUGGUCACCUGAUGGAGAGUGGAUUGCGUUUGCAUCAGAUAGAGAAAGCCCUGGCUCGGGUAGCUUCGAGCUGUUCUUGAUUCAUCCGAACGGAACAGGGUUGAGGAAGCUGAUCCAGAGUGGCACUGGUGGGAGAACUAACCAUCCCAUCUUUAGUCCGGACAGUAAGAGUAUUGUCUUCACAUCUGAUUACGCUGGAAUCUCAGCGGAGCCGAUCUCGAACCCGCAUCAUUACCAACCAUAUGGUGAUAUCUUCACGGUGAAACUGGAUGGCUCUAAUUUAAGAAGGCUGACGCAUAAUUCAUAUGAAGAUGGGACUCCCGCAUGGGCUCCUCGGUUCAUUAGCCCAAAUGACGUGGUGUUACGCAGAAAGAAUGAUUCAAGUUGCGCAUUCGAAGACUGUCACUGGCUUAAUAAGCAUCCAAUGCUAAAAGGCGGAAAAAUCUCAUGUUAA